GCGACGCAAAUCGCCGGCCCUCUACUUAUUCAGCGCCCUAAUCUCACGAGCCCAUCAGGGACAGCCAGCGCGCGCAAACGUACACCUACCUCGUCGAGCCAACGCAGAGGCCCAGCCCGAUCGAAGCAACGAGGCCACCAGCCAUGGCCGCGGCAGCUCCCCGCCACGCCGCGCUCCUGCUCGCCCUGCUGCUGCUCGGUCUCCUCUCCACCGCCGCCCUCGCCGCGCGCGCCGGCGGCGCCGUGGACGCCGAGCUCGUCACGUCCACCAAGAAGCCCGCCCCCGCGGGGCCCGGCGGCAAGAAGCCUGCCGUCAGGCCGCCGCCCGCGGUGCCCAACCCUGGAGGCGCCGGCGGCGCGAUCCCGACCAUCCCGGGCUUCGGCGGCGGCAUCCCCGGGAUGAGCGGGUUCGGGAACGGCAUCCCCGGGAUGGCCGGCGGGUGGGGCGGCGGCUACGGCGGGCCGGCGGGCGGGUACGCCCGCGGCGGCGUGGUGGCGCCCACGGUCACCUGCACCGACAAGGGGCCCUGCUACAGGAAGAAGGUCACCUGCCCCAAGAAGUGCUUCUCCUCCUACAGCGGCGCCGGCAAGGGCUACGGCGGCGGCGGCGGCGGGGGCAGCUGCACCGUCGACUGCAAGGUCAAGUGCACGGCCUACUGUUGAUCGGCGGCCCACCUCGCCGUCGCCGGUCGCCACGCAGCAGUGAGCCAGCUGCUGCUGCGUCUGGUGCUGUGUCCGCGCGCGUCGGUGAGCUGAGUACGAGUUGCACUGUUGUUAACUGCAGUGUUAUAGCAGUACUAGUACUGCCUGAACUUUAUAUAGAGAUAAGGGUAAUGUGAUGUGAUGCGGGCUCCAUGUUCGGUUAAGAUGCUCUGCUUAUGCUGUGUAAUCGUCUACACUAUGCUCCUAUACGGCUAUACUUAUCGCAAAGUUUGCAGGCAAUGUCCGUGUGAAAUCUACUAUGGAUCAAUAAAGAGUUUUGUAAUGGCUGCCUUCUCUUC